AUGCCCCCAAGGAAACAAACACGGAAACGUGGGGCAUCGCAGUCGACAAAGACGUCUAAAAGAACAAGGAAAGCAUCUACUGAAGACCCAAGUCCUAUAGCCAUGAGCAUUAAGGAUCAAGUUGUUGGAAGGAAGAGUAAUAAGUUGACUGACUUCUUUGUGUCCACUUCUCAACCCAAGGAAGCUAAUCCCAUCACAACAACGAAAGUCCCUAAAAAGAGAUCUCUGAAGACUAAAAGACCUGCUGCUAAGAGUAAGAAAAGCGCUUCUAGAGAUCUAUCAGCAACGCCACCUAACACUUUCCAGCAAUUGCAAAAUGAAAUGGAUUCUAUGACAAGACAGAGCGUUUAUUUACACGAUGAUGAUGUUCCUGAAUCUACUACUGAUAAUAACAAGAAGAGUCGUCAAAACAGGAGUAAAUUAACCAGAAUUCAAGCAUCUCCACCAACUUUCACCAAUUUUACCAGUGAAUCAGAAGAUAAUUCAGAAUAUGUUGAACAAGUAUCUCACCACACCAUUGAACUCCAAGACAAUAACAACAACACAAAGUCUAAAACAGAUGGUAGGCGUAGAAGAUCUUCAUAUCUCAAUAGAGGUCGUCGUAUGCUGAGUAUUGGUAGUGGGUUUGAUAUAAACCCUCAUGAUGAGAUUCCUCCUGCGGACUACUAUAAAAUGUUGAGUCCAGCAAUAUCAUCAACGGAAAAAAUGAAAAAACUUCUUGUUUGGUGUAUCAGAGCAAGCAUGGACCGUAAGGAGAAACAAUUGCCUCAUUCGUCAGAGGAUAAAACUGUAUUUAAUAUAGCAAGAGUUGUUACUGAGGAAAUUCUUAAAGGUUUAAUAGAUGACGAAAUAUCUGUUGAGUGGCGAUCUCAACCGAAACCGGCUCAAACGGGAACAAACGGCGUAUUUAUUGUUCCUAACCCACACAAUGUGGAUAACAGAAUCAACAUAGAAAAAUAUCGAGCUAAGCUUGCCGAAGUGAAACGAGAGAAGGCUGAAUUAAUGCGUAGCUAUAAUCACGCUCUCAAAGCGGUACAAAAAGAUUCAAAACUUGUGGAACCUUCUCACUUUAAUCUUGCAGAUCAUCAAAACAGAAUACCAAUCAGUGCUCUUGAUGGCACAGUAGUUAAUCUGCUUACCAGUGCUCAGACAGAAGCACACAAAGUGGUUUCCAAUUUCCAAAAUAAUUCAGUUAACCAAUUGUCAACUACAACGUACCAAAUGAAAAGUGUUUCAGAACUUGUGGGGACACUUGAAGAUUCUAUCUAUGCCCCUAAAGUGUCAGAAUUGCUCAAAAAUUAUAUUAAUAAAAAUUCAGUGGAUAACUACAAGAAAUUAGAAAGAAACCACAAGAACAUCUGGCCAAUUCCUGGACGUCUUGUUUCCACCAAUGAACUUUUGGUUGCCAUGACUAAAACAAUCCCUCGACCAAACGAAUGA